AUGAUCAUACCGGCUCGCUCAGCGUCGCUGGCAUUACUACUGCUGCCAUUCGCUAAGGCAAUAUGGCCCUUUCAGCAGAAGCGCUUCUCAGCAGAGGCGUUGAUAGACGCCGGACAGCUAGGAUUUGAAGGGGUGGAUGGCCGGGUCGUAGCUGUGGGUGACUGGAACGGGGACAAGAAUGCGGAUCUCUUCGUGAUCUCGUCUGAUUCGAAAGUGCUGCAGAUCUAUCUUUGGAACCGAGAUCUGUUCCGAUAUUCACCCUCACAUAACUACACGGCGUCGUCGCCCAUCGUGAAUGUCCUCCCGGCGGACUUUAAUCAGGAUGGGCGGCUCGACGUCCUCCUCAUGUUUGGAGGGGAGAAGAACGGGUGGUGGGGAGGGGCGUCAGACACGCUAGGGAUGGACGUCAUCUUGGGCGCUGAGGGCGGAACCUUUGGCGAAAAAUGGACGGUCCCGGCGUCGACUGCUCAACAGCCCUUGGUCUUCGAUGCGAACGGGUCUUUGCGACCCUCUCUACUUGGCUUCACCCAUGCGGACGCUAGCGCAGCAGCUAAACUAGUCAGCUGGCAGAAUGACGGAACGGGACUGAAGAUGUCCACUGCACCGCUCGACCGACCGGAGCAGGCUUGCGUCCUCGCCAAUCCCCAUUCCAGUGCUUUCAUCGAUCUCGACGGAGACUGCCUUCCUGAUCUUGUGCUACAUUGCUCAAAGUCGAAGUCUGCCGGACAAAGCAUCCAGAUCUGGAUCAACAAAGGCGAUAAGGGAUAUCAGCUUGCGCAGACCUAUGAUCUGCCCAAAGGCGCCGGACCGCUUACUUUCGCUGAUAUGAACCGCGAUGGGACGAUCGAUAUCAUCUUUCCGACUUGUUCAAAGGUCUCCAGCUCCACCGGCCAAGGCACAGACUGCUCCAUCAAUAUCGCCUACAACCGCCAAAUCCCUGUAUGCUCGUCGGAGACCUCUUCCAGGGGCUCAGAUGGCAGUCUGAAGUGUCGAGGUUGGGGAGCGCUAUGUACAGCAGACCCAAAAUUCACCUUUACCCUCGACGCAACCUCUGUCUUUCAGCUGACACUGAAGACAUCGUACACCGCUACCCUCUCAUCUAUCUUCGGCAGGGAUGUCUUUCUACUCCUCCAUCCUCCUUCCCAACCUCAUCUAACUCUUCCACUCCGUCCGGGCGACUACAACGUGGACGGCUAUCCAGACCUCAUCUUCACGGUGGUCGAUUCCAAACCCAAAACGUCUAGCGGCAUACUCGGCUUGAAAGAAGGGAGCCAGGCGCGGAUACUGCGGAACGUGCCGUGCGGGCGAAGGCUAGCCGGAUGCGACGCUGGAGGACAAGAACGUACAUUUGCACUUGGACAGGGGAAGGGCUGGGAAGCCAUGGAGGAGAUCUGGGAUGUCACUGGGGCGAGCUGGAUAGAUAUCGACGAUGACGGAUCUCUCGAUAUUCUACUGCAAAGGUCUGGAGCUCAAGGCGCUGGAAAAGUCAGCUUUGUGCAGAACAACUUCUACCAUGAUGCGUUCUUUCUCAAAGGUCAAGUCCUGAACGGUGCUUGUGAUGGGGAUUGUAUACCAAGCUCCGGGGGUUCAAAGUACAGCCCAUCCGGCGCGAGCUACGCGGGCGCAACCUACAAGUUCACCGUCCUCGAUACUCUGGGCAGAAGACAGGCACAGACAGUUGGUCAGCUCCCGCAGUCUACCUAUCAAGCCCUCGAUCUGCCAUACUCCUAUAUCGGGCUGGGAAGGACCAACAACUACAUCGAGCGUCUUUCCGUCGGGGUGUCUCUCAAUACCGGCAACACCACAGAUCUCGAGGCCAUCAUCCCGAACUCACAACUCAUCAUCACUCCGCCAUAUCCAGCUUCCGGGAUAGCAGCGACGGACAAGGAUCCGCAAAACCGGCCAGAGGAAUGGAGGACGGAGUUGUACCUGCAACCGGGAGAUUGGGUGCCAUAUGUCGCGGCGGCUGUUCUUGGGACGGUCAUCAUCUUGGCCGGGAUCGUUUUGGGAUUGAAUGAGCAGGAGAAGAAAGAGGAUGAGAAGGAACGGAGACGGGCGCUUCACGCUAUCAACUUUCAGGCCUUGUAG